UACUCAUCAUGCGGACCGUGGAUCCCGACUUGUGGUCUAAAAAAGUGACCAAGCCGAUCCUAAAUGUGUCCCGACCGAUCAAAUUCGGUCUGAAUGAAUUCUCAGGUUCUCAGGAGACCCGAUUGAGAAAAAGUUUCCACAAAGCAAUGGUAGAGUUCUGCAGGAACAGUUCCGUAGAAGGUUUCAGAUUCAUAUUGGAUAAGCAAAGUCCGAAGCCGAUAAGGUCGCUUUACCUGAUUGUACUCUUAGUUACAAUGGUGUGUGGACUCGUUGUGUUUGCUUGGAACAUCCAUUGGUUCUGGCAUCGCCCUCGAUUGAUGGUCAACCCGAUGUCCGUGCAGCAUCCUGUGCAGCAAAUUGACUUCCCCGCUGUAGCUAUUUGCAGCUACAAUAUCAUUAGUCGAUCUGCCCUACACGACUAUGCAAAAUAUAUAUAUUCACUAGACACGAAUCACAUCUAUACUAUGAAUGAAAUUAAGCAGAAUUUGUUGACAUUCGGUGCGUUACACACGCGAAGCGAAGCAACUUUUGAUCCUCGGUUCGUCAGUUAUCUUGAGGAAGUCGCUCGAGAGACAAAUGUCACUAAUAUUUUGUACAAAUUGUCCCCGAAGUGCGAGUCGAUGCUGGUGCGCUGCAGCUGGCGAGCGCAGCGCACGGACUGCCAGCGGCUUUUCGCCACGCGCUUAGCUAGCUCCGGCUUUUGUUGCAUCUUCAAUUCUAGAUAUUCUAGAGUAGAUAGAAAUAACCCACCUCGAAAAGUAAACAUGAUGGGUCAGGACGCCGGACUCAGAGUGGUCGUGAGGGAGAACGGCGACGACUUUACUUUAGUUCGCCGGCCCGGUGAUGAUGUUGAGGUGGAUAUUUUCGACGGCAUUCAGUUCCCGACGAUACGAGCUGGUAUAUUCCGUUUUUAUGCUGCCGCCCGAAAUGCGUCAGUGUUUUUUAAGCUAAAUGUCGAAGCACAGGAGCCCGCGAGCAGCUUGCAGCAUCACAGCGAUGAAUGGCUGGGCUGCAGCCUGGCGCGCGGCGCGGCGGCGGCGCGCUCGUGGUCGCGCUGCGUGGCGCGGUGCCGCGCGCGCGCCGCGCUGGCGCUGUGCGGGUGCGCGCCGCACACGCUGCCGCCGCCGCACGCAACCGCGCGCGUCUGCUCGCUGGAGCACCUGGCCUGUCUGGCGAAGCACAAAGAGAAGUUGUCGUUCCUGUAUCCCGGCGACGCCGCGCACGAGAGCCUGAGCGAGGAGCGGCAGGACUCGGUGUGGUGCGCGCACUGCCGCGUGGGCUGCGCGCGGCGCCGCUACUCCGCCGAGCUCGUCACGUCGCCGCACACGCCGCUGCUCUUCCUCAACCGCUUCUUCAAAGGGCUGGAUUUGACGAACACCACGAUUAUUUCAAUUUACUACGAGAAAGAAAACCAGCGUCUUUACUUGUUAGAUACUAGUCUGCGUUGGUACGAGGUCUUUGCCGCUAUUAGCAGUCAAUACGUGUUUGUGGUGGGAUUCACGGUGCUGAGUAUAAUAGAGUUCUUAUACCACUUGACUUUUAGAUGGUACCACUAUUAUAUGCUUCAUGUGCGACAGGACCGACGGUUGCGAAAUUUGAAGACAGCACAACCUAAUAAUAAAAUUAAUAAUAUAUAAUUAAC